UUGUCCCAGGGCCACAGGUGCCAGGGCCCCAGCGGAGGCGAAAUACCGGAAGCGUUCGUCACCAAUAUUCAUUGCGAGUGGUGGGAAGGUUACUCUCUGGUUUCCAGUGGUGAAAAACAGAUUUCUAUAUUCUACAAGGCAGGUGGCAGUUUGUGUCUCUUCGAUCACAGCAAAGAUGGUUGCCGGAAAACUUCGAGUCCGUGUUGUUAAUGCAGCUAAAUUGAAAAACAUGGAACGCUUUCAAAAGAGCGAUCCAUACUGCUUGGUAGAGUGUGGAAAAGAAUCAAGGAAAACGAAAGCUAUUGAUAACAACUUGAAUCCAACAUGGAAUGAAGACUUUGUGGUGGAUGUUGCCGAUGGGGUGGAGACACUGGCACUUUCAAUAUGGGACAAAAACACACUUACAAAGGACAAUUUUAUGGGAUUCACAUACGCAUCAUUUGUUGAUUGCCCAAAAGAUAAAGAGACACAGAAGGUUCUUCCAAUGAUGGGUGGUGGGAAUGGCCUAAUCACCCUUGUGCUGACGCCAGAUUUUGAGACGACUGGUGCAAAGCUUGAAAGGAUGUCACAAGAAAUGAACAACAACGUGGAGGAGAACACAAAACUGCAAGGGGAUCUCACUGGUUUCAAAAAAGAGGUUGAUCUGCUUCGUGGUGAAAUAAACAGAAUGGGAGCAGAGAAUGACAAAUUUGCCGCUAAUAACAAGAAAUUGGAGGAAGAAAAUAAUAAAUUUGCAGAAAACAAUAAAAAGCUUGAAGGCCAGGUUAACAAAAUGACUGAGGAGAACAAUAAAUUUGCCGAGAACAACAAAAAGCUUGAAGGUGAGGUUAACCGUAUGCAGGGUGAAAACGAUCGUUUUGCUGCGAGUAAUUCCAAGCUGGAAGGUGAAGUGAACCGGCUGGAAGGUGAGGUUAGCAAGAUGGCAGAGGAAAAUAACAAGUUUGCAGAGAACAACAAAAAGCUUGAAGGAGAGGUCAACCGUCUUGAAGGCGAAGUAUCGAAAAUGGCAGCCGAGAAUGAGAAAUUUGAGGAAAACAACAAAAAACUUGAAGGAGAGGUUAACCGCCUAACUGGGGAAGUGCAGAAGAUGUCGGAGGAGAACAAUAAGUUUGCUGCCAACAACGAAAAAUUGCAAGGUGAAAUCGACCGCUUGAAAGGAGAAAUAGACAAAAUGGCGGCUGAGAAUGAAAAGUUUGCCGAGAAUAAUAAGAAGUUAGAAAUAACGGUGAAUCAGAUUACAGAACAGAAUACCAAGUUUGAGCAGAAUAAUAAGGACCUUGAAGAGCAGAUAAGAAGACUCAAAACUGAAAUUGAUAGACUGGGUGAAGAAAACAAGAAGUUUGCUGAAAAUAAUGCGAAACUUAAGGAAGAGGUUGAAAAGAUCACGCAAGAAAAUCUUAAAUUUGCUGAGAACAAUCGAAAGCUUGAAGAGCAGAAUGAGAAAUUCGCGGAAACAAAUAAACAACUUGAAAACAAUGUCAGCGAGCUGAAAGAACAGGCAGAGAAAUUCAAGGCUAUUUACUUGAAGCUUCAGGCAGAGAACGAAAAACUGGCAAGAAUUCGUGAUGAUAUGCAGGAGCAACUCAAUGGAUUUAAAAAGCUUCAAGAAAUGAUAUUUGCGCAGCUGAAUGAGAAGAUGAAGGCUAUGGACAGAUCUUUGUUGGAGAAAAUUGCGGCAGACAUAGAAAUGAUGGACAAAGAGCAAGGUUUGUCCAAAGAUGAGUUCCAACGCUUCCUAGCAAGGGUACCAAGUCACUUGAAAGAUAAGUUCGAGAAAGUCGUGGCGGACUUCCAGUCUUUUGAUAAGAACCAAGACAACAUAAUUGAUUACGAUGAACUGAGUUCAAUGCUUGAUAUGGUAAUGAAAGAAGAAAAAGAUUGAGAAUCGAUGUUUGCAAAGAUGACAGGGGACAGACUUGCCAGCCUCAGAUUUGUCGUUUCAAUUGUAUAAUGGGGGACAUUUGGGAAAAUUCAAUCGUAAAACAAUUAAUUUCAUAAAAUUUUACAGCAUUCAGUAUUUGAUAUCUCGGUCAAUCAUUAAUUUGUAUUUCAGUAUACACAAUUUUCUAUAACCUAUAAAUUUCAAGUUGUUGCCUUAAUAAGUUUUCAUUUAGCUAAAUAUUAUAAUAAUUGCUUUGGGUAUAUUACAUUCAUUUCCAUAAUUUAGUCCAUAAUUAUUUUACUUGGGACAAUUAACAAUUUUUUUAACAACUCCUUCUUGUUGGAAGUUGUUUUCAUAAAGAUGGCAGCACUACCGUCUUACGGGUAAAAUAUUUUUGUGAUACUUAAAAUAUUUUUCUACUUGCAACUUAUAUCCUUAUCAUGUUUAUACCUUACACGUGUACAUUCUUUAUACGGUAUUAUUUCGCAGCACAGUCCUUAGUAUUGUAACAGUUCUCAAUAUUGAAAUAAUUGUAGCAGUUUA